UGUGAUCGUCGGUCAGUUUUCUCAUAGAUAAGGCUACUAUGUGUUCGACUAUCUUUACAAUCUAAUUAUGACCUGAUCGAUAUAGCUCUCUUCAGACUUUUAGUUCUGCAAAUUAAGUAGUUGCAUACCGCAUUCUUAGCACUAAGCAUGUCACUAAAUAGUUUUCUUGUUGCUCUGACAAUAGUUGCCUUGGCCCAAGGAGCGAGUUUGGGUCAGGACGAAAGGGUGCGAUAUGACAACUACUCUGUGUAUAAGGUCAGGUUUGAAACUCAAGAACAAAGAAAUCUCCUGAGAAAACUGGCGGAAGGCCGGGAAAACUUCAGAAUAUGGUAUGAAGCCAAUGAUGAGUUGCAUUUGAUGAUAACUCCAGGUGCUCUAAGCGACUUCAACUCUGAGAUUCACAGGACCAACAUCAGUGCCAAGAUGUUUAUAAGCAACGUGCAGGAGCUUAUUGAUUCCGAGGAAGAUGCCAAUCUUAGAGCUAGCAGAGAUGGAUCCUUUGGAUGGAAGAAAUACAAUACGCUGGACGAAAUUUAUGCAUGGCUAGAUGAAAUACUAGCUAAUUAUCCCGCGGUUACAGAGAGUUUUGCCUUGGGUCAAUCGUACGAGGGACGCACUAUUCGAGGCAUCAAGAUCUCGUACAAAUCCAACAACCCAGGCGUAUUUAUUGAGUCCAACAUACAUGCUAACGAGUGGAUCACUUCCGCCACGGCCACUUGGUUAAUUAAUGAGUUCCUCACCUCCACGGAUGAACUGGUGAGGAACCUCGCCGAAAGUCACGACUGGUACAUUGUGCCUGUGCUAAAUGUUGACGGUUUUGUUUAUGCUCAUGAGAAGAACCGAAUGUGGCGCAAGACCCGUCAACCAUCCAAUAUUUCCAGUUGCAUUGGCGUAGAUCCCAAUCGCAAUUACGACUCGCGUUGGAUGGAAAACGAAGGAGCUUCUUCGGAUCCCUGCUCUGAAUUCUACGGAGGACCUCAUCCCUUUUCAGAGCCGGAAAUUCAAGCCAUGGCUGAUUUUGUGGGCAGCAUCAAGGACAAAAUCAAUGUUUUGCUGGCCUUCCACUCGUACAGUCAGCUUCUGCUUUCUCCCUAUGGACAUACCAACGAAGAGUUUCCACCCAACUACGAUGACUUGAUGGCCGUUGCUAAAGCUUAUGGUGAUGCAGUUGAAAGACUGCCUUAUGGUACUGUCUACAGAUACGGCUCAGUAGCGGAAAUUCUUUAUUUCGCUACUGGAGCCACCAACGAUUGGGCCUAUGAACAAGGUGUGGAGAUAGCUUAUACUAUUGAAUUUAGGGACACUGGUCGAUAUGGAUUUAUUCUUCCCCCGGUCCAAAUUAUCCCAAACGCAGAAGAGGCUUUGAUCGGCAUUACGGCCCUUUUAGAUAAGUGUGAAGAGUUGGGCUAUCUUAAGCCCAAAAACACACAGUAAAUGCUGAGUAAUUCAAUGCAUUAAAACAAUAAAGAUAUAUAAAAGGAAGUGACUUUCUUCGGAUAGGUAUAUGAAAAAAGAUAUUGUAUUAGGUAGCUUAUUUUAACUCCUAGUCAAAAUUAAGCAUUCACAUCAAAAUAAGUUAUACAGAGUCCAAAAUGACUCAGCACGUGUUUAGAUUCAAGAAAUACGAAAAAACGAUGUGAUCGCCGCUUAGGUUUUUACCAUUGAUAAGGCGAUUCAAUCGGUUAUAUCGAUCGUUCCAUAGUAA